AUGGGAAGAUACACAGUAAGAAGAGUCAACUAUAAACCGAGAGAUGGUAGUCAGCUAUGGAGAGCGGAUGACUUGCCGCCGGUAACUUCCUUUUUAAGGGGAGACACCAUCAGAACGUGGAUGAAUCCCUACAGAUUUCAUCGUCGUAUGGCAUAUCCACAUGCAGUUCAUCGCGUGAAGCGGACUCGAGUUUUUGAUGGUUGGAAGAUUUUCAUCCCCGUCAUUUUAGUGAAUCUCAUAAUUUUCCUCGCACUGUUAGCCCUAUCAUCGUGGCUCAUUUCACACCAUCAAAACAUUCUGAGAAGGAUGGGCCUGAGUGCUUCGCGGUCAACACUGACGCGUUGA